UUCUUCGAAGCUUAGUGGGGGGCGGGGGUCCCGCUGUCGUUCCUCCCCCCUGUUUUCCGUUUUCCCGCCCCCUCCCGCUCAGGGCUGCCUCCUGGAAGCCCCGUGCCCUCCCUCCGCCUCCGGGGACCAGGCCCAGGCCUCCUGUUCGUCAACAAGCCGCCGCCGCCAUGUCCAACAACAUGGCCAAGAUCGCCGAGGCCCGCAAGACGGUGGAGCAGCUUAAACUGGAGGUCAACGUUGACCGCAUGAAGAUAUCCAAGGCUGCGGCCGAGCUGCUGGCCUUCUGCGAGGAGCACGCCAAGGAGGACCCGCUGGUAUCCCCGGUCCCGGCCGCGGAGAACCCGUUCCGGGAGAAGCGGCUCUUCUGCGUCCUCCUCUAAGCGCUCCGCGGAGGCCGGGUGACUCCCCCCGGCUCGAGGACAAUGCACUGUCCGUCUCCCCGACUAGGCUGGAAGCUCCCCGAGGGGAAGGGUCGCGUGUACUCACUCUGGCCGACUCUCCCAAGCGCCUAGUGCAGUGUCCUGCCCCACGGUAGGCGCUCAGUUUAUACCACUGGUCGGUUGAUGAAUUGAAUAAAGGUGACGGCGGCUUCA